UUUCUUUCGUUUGGUUUUAGCAUUCACAGAAUCAAAGACACAGUUUCUUCUUCUUCUUCUCUAUCUCUCUCUUUUUCUAAAGAAACGAGUUCAUUUUCACUCAAGCCUGGGAUCUUCAUCAAGAACUGAUUUCGCGUUACAGCACGAUCAUGAACGCCAUUAACGAAGGAAAAGACUGGAGUAUAUACUAAAUACCAGUUAGACUGAGAAAACUCAAAAGAGAAAGAAACAUUUAUGUGUGUUUAUCGGGUGUUGUGUUGUCAAGAAGCUGUAAGGACAAAAACAAAGCUUUUUAUUAGUUUCCUCUACCAAUUUGGGGAUGGAUUUUUCUAGUAACGCCGGAAUGAUGAUGGAGAAUAAGAGGAAUGUCGUCUGCUCUCUCGAAGAAAGCAACAUCAAACGCCACAAGUCUGAUCUCUCUUCCAAGGAGAGGAAGGACAAAGUGGGAGAACGUAUCUCGGCUCUUCAACAGAUAGUUUCCCCUUACGGAAAGACCGACAUUGCGUCAGUUCUUCUAGACGCGAUGCACUACAUAGAGUUUCUUCACGAGCAAGUCAAGGUUCUAAGCGCUCCGUAUCUGCAAACAGUGUCCACUGCUAAGCUGGUGGAGAUGGAGCAGUACAGCCUGAGCAACAGAGGAUUGUGUCUUGCUCCAAUGGAGUUUACAGCUGGAGUUGCUCAAAGCAACGGAGCUGAUAUAUGGGCGUCAGUGAAGACUCCUCCAUCUCCAGCUUUAAAUGUCAAGUCUCAGUCACCCUUCAGAUGA